AUGUCUAAGGUAUCUGUGCAGCAAGACCUUGUUGCCGAGCGCGUUUCUGAGGCGCUUCGCCACGACUUCCCAAAGUGGGUAGCCGAAAAAGAAGCACGAGACGCCGCAGCUGCCCAGAAAGAGGAAAAGGAUACCGAGUUUUUCUUGGUGUCCAACUGGGCAUUCCACCCAGACGGACUCCAGGAGUUCACUAGUGAACUCCGACGUACCUUCCAAGGACUUCAAGUCUCUUACGACUUGAAGACUUCUUGGGUGAAGGUGAAGUGUUUGACCGCCGACGAAGCAGAGGUUAUGGCUGCUUGCCAAUUGGUAUUGGACAACAUAGCCCAACGAGAGCUUGCUGCCGGAUUGUCUUUCAGCAAUAAGGUUUUCCCUUAUCAGGGAUGGAGUGCAGACGCCCAUUAUGCCGGUACACCGGACAUCUCGGAGUUGAGGCUAGCCGCUGCACCUCCCGAAAUCCAAGCGGCUGCUUCCAGAGCGCUAUGGAAGGUCCCUGAGGGACUUCUUAGAAGAGGUCCAAAUCCUUUGAGACUAGCAACGGCCGAGGUAUUGGCCAAGUUGCAACAUAUCACGGGUUGUGCCCUGGCAUUGGAAAGCGAUGGGCUUGCAGUAUUUAUCGGAGGUGAAUCACUCCAAGAGAUAAAUGUAGUGAUACGCAAGCUAGACACUCUUGCUAGAUAUGCCGGGUCGCCAUACCAAGCCGAUACCCGCUGCGAGAGUUUCAUUUAUGCCGAGGACAAACAGCAUAGUCCUGCGGCAUUUACUUACAUGGCUCAUGGAGGGCCAACAAUCCUAAGGACUUUCUUUCUCGACCGUGCGAAAUAUGAGUUGGCUAAAGGGGUUUCCGUAUACGGAAAAAUGUUUGAGCAGGGUGUUGUUGUGGCUUUACCACGUACCGGUUCUCAACCAACCAAAGGCCCGGCAACUAUCACGCCGGCUAUAUCACUCAGGGACAGAAAUGAACCAUUUAAGGCAUUCUUGCCGACCGUAUGGCGCUACGAACCGAAGGAUAGAAAUUACGGCACGGAUAAUGUCUUAUUCGACCUUACAAAUAACCCGGAGGUUGCCUCUUGGGUUGUCCAGGUGCCCAAACCAGAGUACAACCAAUCUUGGGAACUUUCUGAGCAGCCUUCUUACAAGCAUCAGAGUCCCGCGGGACGGCCUAGCGUAAACCUGGAUGAUGAGAAUGUUCGGCUGGUAAGCCAGAUGUCAUUUAAUACCCCAACAGAAACGGUUGUAGAACAAUCUUCCCGUACCCCUAAUAAUUUGGAGAUACUUUCAGCGGAACAGGACCUUAUCGGGUUCGACCAGCAACAAACGGAAGAGCUAUCAACAAGUAUCGACAAAGAAAGUGAGAAAAUAAGCAUCACUCAGUCAGGAACACAAGCCCCUCAGCAUCCACCGGCCUCUGAAAUCGAACGCGAUGACCCAUUCAUUAAGUUAUGGAAGGGUGUUCAAAUAGGAGAGCUCCGCGUGGAACCCAGCAUAACGCCCCCGCCUCGACGCUCUACCAUGAGACAGCAGGCAGGCCGCCGAUAUGAUGAUUCUCAAAUCCGAGGAUGCCCACCUAGUCAUGAGCAAGUGCAUAAAGGGCCGGAUCCAGAUCCCGAAUUGACCCAAGCCAUCGCAAAGAAGCUCGUCCGAAUGAUGGGCUCUCUGGAAACUUUCACUGGUAAGGUGUCUUUGAAAGCUGAACUAGGGCGUUUCUGUCUCACAAAGGUCAAUCGCAACCAUGUGUGCUUGAAGGAUAGCGCUUGGGAAGAUAAGGUCAAGUCACUGCAGGACAUGAAGGAAAUGUUGGAUAGACAUCACGUCCGACCACGAGAUGUGAUAUUCACAAAUUUUCUUACAGGAGAUGGCGAGGAUGCGAAUUAUAUCGCAUAUGCUGAGGAUAGUUCUAAGCAAAGACUAUGGGCGCUCACUACUCGUCACACUGUCUAUGAGAUCCACUGCCGCGUUAAGACAGCAGACGAAAAGGUUCACAAGUUCACAUUGGAGGUCGACGCCAAAGAAUUCACCUAUAGAAUCUAUGGACUGGGCGGUGAUUCUUGCGCUGUCUUUGUGCAUUGUCCCAAGAGGAUGUGGGACUUCCAAGUCACUCUUACCAAGUUGCAAGACCUGGGCCUAACAUACGGUGACUUUGCAGAGGACCUUAUUAACAGCAUGCGCGUCAUAAAACAAGACUCCGGUAUACCGUUAUUGGAAUUCAUUGUGAAGGGAGUAUACCAGGCUGAGAUACUGCUCGUCCGAACCCGCAACGUUGCGUCUUACGCGAGGAACGGAGGAAAUAUUCAGCCCUUUUCCGGCGCCUGUGGUUCGAAGUCAUCAACUACGAAGCCAUCAACUACGAGCGUACUAGAGAUCUGCGAGGUACAUGACAUGGCACCAAGGAUUAUCGGCAGAGAAAAUGACAAUGUGACUAUCCUGUUUGAGCAGUACAGUGGAAAUCAGCAACGUGGUCAGCUACCAACCUGGUACGAAGUCUCAUUGCAAUCCAAGGUGAUCAACGAGGCACUGCAGCAGAACCGAGACCUCGAAAUGGGCGAGGAAGUUUCUUGGACACCUCAGCAGCUCCAGCAAGCUGGGGCAUUUGAUGAAAUUAUCACAUCUGCGAUCGAGGUGGUAAAGAAUAUUGAUGGAGUAGGUCACUGGGGAGAUAACUUACUGGGCGCAAAAAUCCACAAGAUGCCCUCUUCGGGAACAGAGACAUAUUUGCAACCUCCAACUUCCAAACCGCCCGUCUGA